UUUUCGGUAGGGGCCUACAAUAUUUUAGGGUUAAGGUACAAUUAGGUACUAUCUGUUAAAAUUUUUUAUGUUUCGGGGGGGGGGGAAUUAAGCCCUAAAACCCCUACUACUGGCUACGCCAUUGCACUAUAUAACAGUCAUCAGCUAUAUGGUGAAAUAAAUAAUUCAUUUUUGAUUAAACCAUCAAAGGCUGAACUGCGAUCGUAAAGGUUGCUAUUUUAACCCGUGUAGUAUCUAAGUAUUCCUUAUUCACGUUUUUGGAAAAUAUAUGUAAUAUUUAUAUAUUUUUUUUUGUAAGACAUUAUAAAUUGCACAGAUAAGACUCGUACAAUUACACAUUUACACGUCAGUCGUCAAGACGUUCUUGAAAUCAUUGUUAUUUGAAAUUAUGGCAAACAACUCUUCAAUGGAUAGUAACAACUGACGAGUUCCUAAAGUCUGGAAAAUAUAUUAUCCACCCUCACGGAUAAAUAUAUUAAUCCGUGUCCACCCUGUAUGGUUCUAUCUCUUAUCACUUUUCAUAUCCAUCAAAUUAUGGCGCCAACAUCAAUAAUAUUGACUGUUGAUAAUACAAUUAUAUUUUACCUCUGAUAGGAGUAAAAUUGGACUGAAUGCCGAAUAACGGAUACUUAAUACCUAUGUAUAAAUAAUUUAGGUCUAUGCUUAUAGCUCAAUACUUGUUUCAAUAUCUUUUGUGUAUCAUCCAUCGAGUAUCCAAUUUUAAAUUUAUAGAUAUUCUAUAGUUUAGUCACAGUUUUACAAUACUAGAAGUCCAGUUAUUCUUAUUAAUGUUAUUUAUUGUUAAUUUAUUUUGAAUGAAAUGGAAACUACUGAAGUAUUGCCAAUAAAAUCUUUAGAAGAAGCAUUAUCGUGGAAGCCAUUGUCUGAAUCUCUUCCUGUUAUACAUUUGCAGGACCGUGCUAGUUAUUCCAUUAAUGGCAGAGAUUAUAAAUGUCAUGAACGUUUCUUGACAUCAAAAAGGUUGCAUAAUCAAGGCCUUCCAAAAACACUCAUAUGUCAUGACAUGCAAGGGGGUUAUUUAAAUGACAGAUUUGUAAAUGGAACAAAAUCUAGUAACGAGUAUACAUUUUAUAAUUGGUCUGUUAUAGAUACAUUUGUGUAUUUUAGCCAUCAUUUUAUCACUAUACCACCAAUUGGUUGGAUAAAUGCUGCUCAUAAACACGGUGUUAAAGUUCUUGGAACAUUAAUUACAGAAUGGACUGAUGGAAACACUUUAUGGUUACAAGUAUUUAGUAAUUUAGAAAAACGAGACAACUUAGUAGAUAAGUUAGUGGAAAUAUGUAAAUAUUAUAAAUUUGAUGGUUACCUUUUUAAUGUUGAAAAUGAAUUAGAAUCGGAAAACAUUGAGAAUAUGAUAGAAACAGUGAGCUUAUUAAGAACAAAACUUAAGACUGUAAUAACACAUUCUGAAGUUAUUUGGUAUGAUUCUGUAAGUAUGGAAACUGGAAAACUUAUUUGGCAAAAUCAACUAAAUAAUCAUAACAAAUCAGCAUUUCAAGCUUGUGAUGGUAUAUUUCUCAACUAUAAUUGGAAAGAAGAUGAUCUUGUAAAAUCUGUCGCUAAUGCUGGAAGUAGGGUUAUUGAUGUGUAUGUUGGAGUAGAUGUAUUUGGUAGGAAUUGCAUUGGAGGUCUUGAUUCUUAUAAAUCAUUAGAAAUAAUUAGAAAAUAUGACUUAUCUGUCGCUAUCUUUGCCCCUGGUUGGACCUAUGAGACAUUAAGUGAUAAGGAUAAAUUCAAUGCAGUGGAAGAUACAUUUUGGAGAAAACUUUAUCCAUUUUUGUAUAUUCACAUUCCUUGUACUUUACCAUUUUCUACAUACUUUUGUCGAGGUUAUGGAUCAAAAAAAAUUGAAAACUUUGUUUUGUCUUCUUUGGAUGCUUGGUAUGAUUUAUCAAAACUAAAUUAUCAACCGUCUGUUCCAUUAUGUUUACAAGAUGGUAAUUUUCCUUGUAAUUCUUAUGUUGAUGGUGAAGCAAUUAUAGGCGGAGGUUGCUUAAGACUAAAUGGUAACAAUGAAAACACUUCUUACCAUAGAAUAUUUGUUUGUCAUUUUGAAGUUAAAUCAACAUUAUACUUUGAAAUAACUGUCAAAGCAUUAAAGCCCUAUGACUCCCACAAAAUAUUUUUGGGUGCAUUAGAUCCAUAUGGAAUGCCAUAUAAAAUGGAGUUUGGCAUUCAGGGGGAUAAUAAUAUGUUUUUCAAUAAUUGUGAUGACUACAGCUGUAUUGUUCCUGACUCCAAAAUAUAUAACUUGACAUUAGAAAAUGGAUGGUUAUUGCAUAAAUUAAAAUGUGAAAUGGUUGGGAUAAUAGUUGAGGUUGCUGUUGAAACUGAAGAACCCUUACUUAUUGGACAUCUGUUUAUAAAUGAUGGCAAUAGUUCAUAAAUAAUAAUGAUUUUGUAUAUCUAUCUAUUAAUUUAUUUUUUGUUAGUGUUUGUUAUGUCAUAUGAAAAAUAUUGUUCAUCACUUAAUUUAUUUUGUUAUUUUUUACUUACCUUAUUGUCAAAAUAAAAUAAAAAAUGAAAUCAUCAAUAUUAGUACUUUUAAGUUUUUACAUACAUACACAAAGAUAAAACACUUUUAACCAAUUGAAACGUUAAGAUUAGAUAGCUCAUUUUAUUAUGUUAGAUAAGCCUAAUUGUUCAGUAUUAUAGGUGUCAAUUUUUUGUUUUACAUUAAUAAAACAGUUGUGUUUUAAU